AUGAAUAAUAUAGAUAAUAAAUAAAAUGGCAUUCGGUUCGAGAGAAAUUAGCUUUGCUAAUUUUCUCUCUCCUCAUGGAAUUUUAUUUAUAGGGUUAGGUUUUCACUCGAGAACUUCUGGACAGCAAUGCGGUUUAAUUCUGAGGAUAGCCAGAGUAACUGCUCCUCAGUCCUCUCAAGAUUUCGGGCUUUUACCUUUCAGCACAUCCCCACGGGAGGAUGACCAUUAGGCGGAACACUCGCAGGAGCUGAGUCGAGACAAGGGCGACGGCAUCCCGCCGGGUGAGACGUGCAGCAAGGCUGGUGAAGCAGGAGUUGAUAGAAGGCUUGGCCAGGGUUGACCUGUUCCAAGAUGGCUCGCCUACGUCACUAGUUUUGCCAUAGGCCCUUUUUGGGCUGCGGCACUAGACACCUUAAAUACCAGAUAAUUAAGUAAGUAAGUAAGUAAGUAAGCAAGUAAAGAAUAAUAGAGAUCAAGAUCUGCUGACUGAGCUAAAAAGCAAUCAGCCGAAUUAUGAAAAUAUUAGAAGGCUAUUGACCGGAAAUAAAGAAAUUCUUACACAGAUUCUUGAUGACUCAGAUUUUGGGACUCCUCUACAUAUUGCAGCGAAGAUUGAUACAAGAAAUGGGACAAAUAUUACAAAAUUUCUUAUUGAGGAAUUCAAUGCUAAUCCGAAUAUAAAAAAUAAUGGAGACUCAAUACCUUUAUAUUGGGCUUUUGCUGAACUUAAUGCAUGCAAAAAUCCGAGCCUGAAUGCGAUAAAAUGCUUGCUGUAUCAUCCUAAAUUUUACAUGAAUAAGAAAUCUGUGAUUAGGAAAUCUGUCUUAGAGUUUGUGAGAGAGCAUUAUUUUAACUCAGCAAGAGGAGAAAUGAUUAAAAUGCUUGUUGAAAACAAAAUUUGGCAUGAUAGAUUGCCUUCGAUUUUGCUUUAUAAAGAAAUCAAACAAAAUUAUGUUUAA